GUACACUUCGCUCGCUCGCUCUCAGGGGCGCAGGAAAUUCCCGAAAUCUUCGAUUUGGUGCUGGACGAGCUCGAGCUCUCUUCGUGCUUCUCGAGAGUGCGAGAAUGUCUCAAGAGGAGGAGAAUGUUGCGAGUGACAGCGACGGGCCUCCCGAGCAAAAUCAAAAUGAAGACGACGAAGGGGGCGUCAUUUUUAUUCUGGAGAAAGCUUCUUUGGAGGCCGGCAAAGUCGGCAAGAAUUAUCAACUUUUGAACUGUGACGACCAUGGGAACUUUCUCCGGAAGCACAAGCGCGAUCCUGCACAGUAUCGCCCCGAUAUUGUCCAUCAGGCACUACUUGCGAUUCUCGACAGUCCACUUAAUAAAGCCGGCCGAUUGAAAGCCCUCUAUGUGAAGACGGACAAGAAUGUGCUGAUUCAGGUCAAUCCGCACAUUCGCAUACCACGUACCUUCAAGCGCUUCUGCGGUCUCAUGGUCCAGCUUCUUCAAAAAUUAAGCAUUCGGGCAACAAAUGGAAGCGAUAAAUUAUUGCGAGUUGUGAAGCAGCCAGUCACUAGGCAUCUUCCUGUUGGUGCCAGACGAGUAGGGAUGUCAUUCAGUGCGCCUAAGGUUGUACAGUUGAAAGAUUACGUGGCUGCUGCUGGACUUAAGAGCACCACCAUAUUUGUUGUUGGGGCCAUGGCCCACGGCAAAAUAGAAGCUGACUAUCUGGACGACUUCGUUGCCGUCUCGGAGUUUCCCUUGAGUGCAGCUUGUUGCAUUGGACGAAUUUGUAAUGCCUUGGAGCUUCAAUGGGGUAUACUGUGAGGUCCGGAAAGUAAUUUAGGAGUAAAUCAAUUUUGUAACGAUGUUGAGUUAGGAUCUUAGUCGUCACCACGCAAUUGUUGAAAGUGGAAUGAGAAAGAAUGUUGGAAUGCUCAACGAGUUAUGGCAUAAGAAUGCCAAUUAUAACGUCAAAGCCCACACAAGACCGCUCUUGCUUGUGCUCGUAAGGUAAUCAUCUGCCUGGCGUUCAGUUUUCUGGGAAGAAAAAUUCAAUGCCAACCUGGCAGGUGGCAGGUGGGAUCACUGAGGUCGAGUUGUUAGUACAUUACGUAGGCCUGAGAUCUCUGUAUAUUUUAGCAGUUCACAAUUCUUAUUAUAGGUGCAUGCUUCACAGCCCAGUCUAGGCAUUUAGGCUUGCAGGUGGUUCAAGAAUCAACUAUGUAGCCGACCACUUGGGAGAACAUUCCGAAGUAUGUGGUGUGGUUUAUUGAACAUGUCAGCGUUGGAUCGGUGGCAAAGGGAGUGAAGCUUCUAAUAAAGCGGAAAAAAAGUUCACCUCAUAAAAAA